AUGGUCGAUAAUCACUUUGUUCCACAUAAUUACUUGCAUCACCACUCUGCUUUUAUUGCUCCUGCCCAUACAUAUAGUUAUGAGGAUCCAUAUUUGAGGGCGGCGACAAAUAACAUUAAUGGGUAUUAUUAUCCACAAACAAGUGAAUAUAUUGAUGAUGUUUUUGUCACAGAUGAUGCUUCUCUGUUUCGUACAAAUAUGCAAAAUCGUCAUCCUUCACAAGCCCACAAUCAUCGUCAAGUUCCGCCAAAUCACUACAGAAAUUCAAGAAACAGUACUGGUGAUCACUUGGCUCCACAUACCAACUCUGUUUUCCCAUAUACAUAUUCAUAUUUGUGGGAUCCCUAUUACUAUCAACCAACAAUUGAAUUGGUUGAUGAUGCCUAUGUCACAACUGAUGUCCAUCACUUAAUAGAGACGAUGCGAAUUCUUGACCGCAACUUUGGUAGUCGUCUCAACGAACUGCCAUUUGAUUAUACAGCGUUUCUUGAUCUAGGGGAUGAUGACACACAAGUAGUCGACCAGGAGGAGAAUAUUAUCAUGUUGAAAACAAGAAGUCAUUGUGCUAAGGUUGAAGUAACUAAUUCAGAAGGGACUGUUUUAGGUGCUGAUGAUAGAGAAGAAAUAUGUGCCAUAUGCCUAUGUGAAUAUGAGAAUGAUGAGACAAUUGGUACACUUGACUGCAGACAUGAGUAUCACGCGGGUUGCAUAGAGCAAUGGCUGCUGAAGGGGAAGCAAAAUUGUCCAAUUUGUCGUUCUUCGGUUUUGCCAUCAUAG